AUGUCCGACCGGCCGCGAUAUGAGCGUUCAGAGCGACUACGUCCAUAUUCUAGUCGUUUUGAAGAUUUUGUGGACAACGAAUUAAAUGGAGACGUUAGUGAUCUAGAGAUCAGUGAUGAUGAAGAUGCUGAUCCAGAUUUUGAACCGGAAGAACCUAUCCAGCAAGCGCAGGAGGAGACAUCUGAAGACGACAGUGAUUCGGAAGGUGGUGUAACUCAGGUGGUGGCAAAUCCUGCAAUCGAACCUUCCACACGCAUGGUUCAACCAAGAGGUUCCAGACGAUCCAGUGUGACUUCAGUAAACCAGCUUGGCACUCACACUCAAGUAACUACUCCGGAGCAAAAUGAUGAAAACUUACCAAGUCAAACAAGAACUUUUUGGAAAAAACAGGUUAGUUUUGAUCCACUACCUCCUGCUCCUGCUUACGAAGAAAUAAAUCAAAACGCACUCAAUAUACCUCCUCAAUAUUACGUCAGCAAGUACAAUCCUGACGAUAUUUUCAAUGUGGUUACUAACCAAACAAAUCGCACUUACAUCGAAAACAAAGGUCGUCCAUUAAUUUCCGGUCCUAAACAAACCAAAAGGUUUUUUGGUGCAGCGAUCAAAAAUGUCGAUUAUGGGUCUCCCACGAACUAG